AUGGCCGCCGCCGCGAUGACUGCGCAGCCCCUGCGCAUCCUCCCCCAGAUCUCUGCGCCAGUUAUCUCGCAGUCCACGAGGAUAUUCUCCCUGUACACCCGCCAACUCAUCCGGCCCAUGCUCCCGACGCUCUCCGCCGCCCUUCCCGCAGUUCACCUCAGCAUCCCCGCAUGGCUUGGUGACAUCUGGGAAUCUAUCCUGCGGGCAGUACCUAAAAAGAAGACAUCCCACUCCAAGAAGAGACACAGGCAGAUGGCUGGCAAGGCUCUUCAGGAUGUUAAGUCUCUGUGCAAGUGCCCGGCUUGCGGCCAGACAAAGAGACAGCACGUCGUAUGCCCUCACUGCAUGAGCAAAAUCAAGGAUAUGUGGAGGGAAGAGAACCCUUCUGGAAAGUUCGUCUAA